AAAGCUCGUUGUGUUGCUGUGUCAGUUUGGAGCUCUCACCUUCACCAGCGCACUCUUCGCCUCCUAGGAGCUUUCUUCACUCUUGCACUCUUGUCAGUUUCGGAGCGAAUUGAAAUCGCCAGCCCUUAGCUCAUCUGCCACAUUUCCGUCUCUAACUCCGACGUUCGGCUAUGACGUCUUCUGCACACAUCAACCGUCUGUCUGACGACCUUCUAAUCAGGAUUCUAUGGCACUCCAAGCAACCCAUAAUUCCCUGCAAGUCCGACCUGCAGAAAUCGUCGGUGCCCAGCAGCGACGCGAUAUGGGACACAUUGUCUACCACGCCGAAAUACAUCGCCAUAAACCGUCCCGCUAAGAAGACAAGCAGUUCGGAACUCAAGACUCCGUUACCGACGCCUCCUGCCUACACAGACGCCGCUCUGAGUCUCUUCAUCGCAUCCGUCUGCUCUCUCUGGCGCCGUCUCGCGAAACGCUACGUCUCGACGCUUCUCGUCAAAGAAGACGUCACCGUUUCCCGCCAAGACCUCGCCAGCGCCGUCGCGUGCUUCCCGAACCUGACGUACCGUCACCUGUCCGACGGCAGCGUGGAGCUUCUCGACGAUGAUUUCUUCGCUCACCUCGCGUCCUCGUGCCCGAAACUGACCGCUUUCCACGCGGGAACCCGGAUCAAUCAGUACUCGCUGGGUGAUGAGAAGGAGGGACAUCCCGUGACUGAAGCUGGCAUGGUAAGGUUCUUCCAGCGGUACACUCGGCUGGAAAAGCUUUCCCUUUACUGCCUCCAUCGAGAUGCCUACCUGCCGGAUUCCUUCUUCAAGCUGACGCGUCUUCAUACUCUCGCUUUGAAUGACGAUUCGGCGCUGGACUCCCUUGGGAUUGGCGAGGAAUUUCUUCAGGAAGAAUCAGAAUCGGACUCCGAAUCGUCCGAAUCAGAAUUGGCGAGUCUCCUGGGAUCUACGAAUCGUCCUCUCAUAAUGACUCAGCUUUGGAGACUCCCGGGAUUGACGAUGUUAUUUUCCCGGAGAGUUUAGCUGUGGAACCAGCAGGGCUUUCUUCCCUCGCAUCUCUGCACAUCCUCACCCUGGAUCUGAAUCUGCAGCAGCUGUCACGCCUCGUCCACCUCCCUCGGCUCACCGAGCUUUCAGUCUCCGACAACACCAAUCUCGUUCCCAGCGAUCAGCGUUCCGCCACGUUUGCCAUCACGCAGUUACCCCACCUGAAGUCCCUGCGAAUUGAGGCGUUCUGUGACCAGUUUAACCUGACGACACCCUCGGGAUUGCCCUGCACGCGUCUUGAGGGGCUGCUGAUCGCUAAUUCCAACAAUCUCGAGACCCUUCCUGAUAACAUUGGCGAAAUGCUGCCGUGUCUCCGUGAGCUGACUGUUGAAAGCUGCAAAACCUUUUCUCAUCUGCCCAAGAAGCUGACGUCCAUGAGCCGUUUGGAGAGCUUGACAGUUUCCUGCAGCAAUUUGUUUUUCAGUCUGCCCGAGAACAUCGCCCUGCCUGCCCUGAAAACCUUGGUGUUGCACCUGUUGCCUCUCGCUCACCUCCCUGGCUCUCUCUGCCACCUCAGCAACCUGGAGACGCUGUUUCUGAUUGGCUGCGGCGAGAUCCACCAGUUACCCGCAGACUUCUGCAAUCUCACUGCUCUCAGGACGCUCUGCCUUCAACUGCCGCUAGUGCCCUUCCGGAAAGCAUCGGAUGUCUCUCUAACCUUGAAACUCUAUUCCUGAGCAACAUUGGUGAGCAGCAGCAGCAUCAGCACCAGCCGCAGCAGCAGCAGUUUCCGUUCUCAUUCACGCAGCUGACUUCCCUCACCAGGCUCGAACUCGAUCAGUGCACGAUCACCGAUCUCCCUGAAGGCAUGGGCGAGAUCAGGAACCUGCAGCAGCUGCACCUUCGGAACUGCCUCAAUUUCAGAAAGAUUCCAGAGUCUCUCACUGCCCUCUUGAUCCUGGAGAUCCUGACAAUUGCAACGUGCAGCAAGCUCGCUUCGGUACCAGGCAAGCUGAGUAGGCUUACGAAGCUCAAACGGCUCGAGAUAAAAGGAUGCGAAUCACUGACGGAGCUCCCUGAAUCCUUCCCGCCCUCGCUCGAGAUUCUGAGCCUGGGGAACCAGCAAAAGGUUACCCCUCUGCGGGGUCUCUCUGUGCUGCCGAAACUGCAGAAGCUGAGCCUGAGUCGGGUUACUGUGGAGUGUGGGUUGGCAGCGAGCAAGGGCGUAUCUCAUCUUGAGAAUCUGGAGUACCUGGAGCUGAUACUGGCUGAUGACGCUGAAGAGCUUCCCUUCCCUCUGACGUUCCUCUCCCAGCUUCACACCUUGGUGAUUCUGUCUGCUGGGAAGAUCCAAACACUUCCAAUGGACCUGGGGUCGUCCCUGAAGCAGCUGUGGCGGUUGGAGAUCCAGCAUGCCGAGGCACUGACUGAGCUGCCAGCAAGUAUUGUGGAAAUGCAGCGCCUGACGUCUCUGGAGGUGCAUGCACCCAGCCUGAUCUCUCUUCCUGAGGGCGUUGGUGCAUUGUCCGGGCUGAGAGAGCUGGACCUGGCUAAUUGCUCUGCCCUGGAGCGGCUGCCUGCUUCUCUCACCCAGCUCGCCUGCCUGAACAAGCUGAAUGCUAAGAAUUCCGCAAUCCGCUCAUUUCCCCCUGACUUCGACCAGCUGACCAGGCUCAAGACGCUCACACUGGAUGGUUGUAGUCGGUUGACGGCUCUGCCGACGGGGUUGCUUAAGCUGAAGGUGCUGCAGACUUUGGACGUUCAAGGGUGUGAGCAGCUGUUUGAUGGUGUCUCCUUAGAAUGCCUUGGAUAGUUGUAAGCAGCUGAGACCUCUGACUAAGGGGCUGAUUAAGCUGAAGGUGCUGCAGAUUUUUAACAUUCAAGAGUGAGCAGCUGUUUGAUGGCAACUGGUCAUUGAAACUCUGAUUCGUUGAUGAUAUGUACGCGGCGAUGGUGAAUUGCUAGUACCCAAUGCAUGGGUUGUUAGAAUACGAGAAUGAAUAGAAGCAAGGGUGAACAAGGGAAAUAUAAGGGAUGUGCAGGCCUGUGGGGGGAACCCAAGGGAACCGCUGGACAGGGAAGGGUAGAGUGCGUGAAACUACAGGACCAGAGGAGGGGUCAUCAAGUGCGACAGCAGCAGGUGCGGCAAGCGGCGUAAGCGCAGCGUGGUCGCGGAAGAAGCAGACAGACACACCGGAGUCAAGUGUGAAGAACAGCGAAGCGGUAAUGGUGGACUA